AAAAACAGUGACGUCAAAAACAUGGUCGACAGACUCGUGAACAGUGAGGCCAAUGCCAGGCGAAUAGCCAUGGUGGAGAGCUGCUUCGGCAGCUCAGGACAGCCUCUGGCCAUCCCGGGGCGCGUCCUGGUCGGCGAGGGUGUCCUCACGAAGAUGUGCCGCAAGAGGGCAAAGUCCAGGCAAUUCUUCCUCUUCAACGACAUCCUUGUGUACGGGAAUAUUGUGAUUGGAAAGAAGAAAUACAACAAACAGCAUAUUAUCCCUCUAGAGGAGGUGCAACUUCAGGGACUCGAAGACAAUGCACAAUAUCAGAAUGGAUGGCUAAUUAGGACCACAACAAAAUCAUUUGCCGUGUACGCGGCCACCAGCACGGAGAAGCAGGAGUGGAUGGCGCACAUUAAUAAGUGCAUCGACGAUCUUCUCCGUAAGAGUGGCAAGAAGCCAGUGGUGAAUCAUGCUGCCGUUUGGGUGCCGGACAAUGAGGCGGCGAUCUGCAUGCACUGCAAGAAGACCCAAUUCACUAUGAUCGUGCGAAGGCAUCACUGUAGGAAUUGUGGAGCUGUGGUGUGCGGUCCGUGCUCCUCGAAGAAGUUCCUGCUGCCACACCAGAGCUCAAAGCCGGUGCGUGUGUGCCUGUACUGCUAUGACACGCUGAGCCACACGAAGACAGAGCAGAUAAAGGGCGCCACGGCCCCCAAUGCCGGUCCAAAUGCUGCCGCCAAUGCCAAGUCCAAUAACAACACUCAAGACAGCUCCGCCGAGGAUGAUUCUGACGAUGAUGAGGAGCAGAAGGAGACACACGAUGAGCCAAAAUUCUACGGCGACGGUGACAAAGGUGAUGAGAAGUGAAUCUAGGCGACACACCCGAAAGGCUCCCCGGGGAAAAUCGUCCCGAGAAUUGGGCUUUGGACAGAGCAACCAAAAUCUUUCUUUCAGUUGUAAUUUUUUUGUGGUUUAUCCAUUAUUUUUCACUUGAUGCGCGCGUCUCAGUGGAGGGAUUGUAGUAGAGAAAGAAUAAUAAUAAUAUUUUAUACACAUUAGUAAUGAGGCGAGAGAAGAAAUCGCUAGUAAUGAAGUUCCAGGAAAACAAAAAUGUCCAAAAGUCUCUAAAUUAUUUGUUGCGGUUUCAGAGUUGAGAAUAGAGGAGGGGAAAAAAUAU